GACCAAUGGGCGCUCUCGGGGCGUCACCAAGGAAGCGUCGUUACCAUCGAGCGAUCAUGCUAGCUCUAGAAGUCCUGUGUGACUACUAGCAUUGCUAACUAAUGCAAUGAUAACUGUGGUUAUUUCCUGAGGUUGUAGCUGGUUUGUCAUUGACAGUGGGAUAUAGAAUGGAAGGAACAACGUGUGUGUAAAAGUCACAGCGUGUUUUUGUACCGAGUGGACCCGAGAGAACAGCUGUUUCGGUUAAGCUAGUCAAGCUAACCGUUACAUGCUCACAGCCUUUGAUCACAAGGAGCACCAAGCUGAGGAACCACUCGACGUUUUGGGAUCUUUCUAACGUUGUCACCACUAUGGAGAAGGCUGAUUUCUUAAAAGGACUUCCAGUCUACAAUAAGAGCAACUUCAGCAGGUUCCAUGCAGACUCUGUUUGUAAAGCAUCUAAUCGAAGGCCCUCAGUGUACCUUCCAACACGUGAAUACCCCUCCGAGCAGAUUAUUGUAACAGAGAAAACAAACAUCCUUCUGCGUUACCUCCAUCAGCAGUGGGACAAAAAGAAUGCAGCAAAGAAAAGGGAACAGGAACAAGGCGAGGGUGACAGUCCGGCACCCCCGAGGAAGAUCGCCCGGACAGACAGCCAAGAGAUGAAUGAGGACUCAUAAGUGUGUUUGUGUGACUGUGUGUGUUUGUGUAUAAGAGUGAGCAAGUGAGACGUGUGUGUGUGUGUGUGUGUGUGUGUGUGUGUGUGUGUGUGUGUUUGCCUAUACAGGGUGAAGCCAUUUUUAAAGUAAAAGAAAGGAGAUCUCAGCUGACAUAAGGAUGCUUUUACCGGCAUGACUGUGUAAAGAAUUGGAACAUAAUCACAUCAACUAGGUAGCAGUUUCUAGAGUCAAGUUAUGUGUAAUAAAUGUAAAGAUAGGAGGGAGGUUCAUCCCUUUCUUUAACUCGUGUUGGCUCCUCCCUGUGUCGGCGCGUGGACUCGUCUGUGUGCAUGCCGAGCUGUAGUGUACCGUGUGUAUGAGCUGAGCGAUGAGUUUGAAAAUGUGUCAGAGUAGAUUUCAGAUCAGAGAUGGACUUGACGGAUGAAGUCAGACACUGUUCUUAAAAAGCAGUCUCAGAACUGGUCCAUGACUCGUGUAGCCUUCUGGAGAGACUGUCCUGAUUUGUGCAAAGAUGACGUUUUUUUUUUUGUUACUGUUUUAAUUUUAUUAUAACUAUUAUUGUUUAUGUAUGGCAACGAGCUUCCUGCCAGCCACAGUGCCCGCCCUCUCAGUUUCACUGCCCGCUCUGCAGCCACACGGAGGUUAUUGCAACACUUCUCCACACUGUUUGAAUCAACAGAACCAAGAAUGCACUGUGAAGAACAGCACAACGUAGAAGCAACUCUUCCUAACCCCCCCCCCCCUCCUAUAGAUGUUUGUUUACAGCAGCUAUUCAUAUUUUCAUUCUAUUCUGGGGCUUGUGCUUAUAGGAUAAGUGUUGUUUUGAUGUUUGAUAAAUAUUUUUCAUCUAGCACCACCACCUGGCAGACUGAGGCUAAUGAAUAAAGGAAUGUUCAAGGAUGUAAGAACAGUUUGGAGCUGUGGAUUUUUAAUUGCACACUAAUGUAACAGCACAGCUAGCUAAGAGAAAAUGUAACGUAUGUCUGGAAAAGAGGAGAGAGUCAUCAUUGUGUGUAUAUAAUCAGGAGAAGCAGACCUCCUUUAUCCCAUGGAGGGUCAUUUUGGAUGCCUUUUUGUUGAACACUGCGACCAUGGGGUUAGCAGACGUCCCUUUCUGGAAGUAAAGAAUGUUAUCUUGCAUGUUGACACAAAAUGUCCCAGGACCAGUCAUAAAAAAAUGUGGUGUUAUCUGUGGAGGGUUGGUUCUGUCAUCAUCCUUUAUCUCCCAGAGUGUCACCCUGCUGUUCUCUCUCUUCAGGACAACUCAGGAUGUUCUGAGAGGUUUAAGUGAACACACAGACUUUAAAGGGUUGUUACACUCCGCCACAGAACGCACAAGAAGCAUGCACAGCCGAGUGCAGUCGCCAUCCUGCCUUGUUCCCGAGGUUCAGCUUGUAUCGGUGUCAUUAACUGUACAACACUGAAUGAAGCUUUUUUUUUCAUUAACCGUUCUUAUCACUGCCCGGCAGAGUCCCGUCGAAGCCUCCCGUCCCUCCUGUUCUUCUCUCAGUCGAUGCUGCAGUGUUGGUCGACGGUGUGGUCGCUCAUCUUUCUACAUACGAUGUAAAUACUGUCUGUUUCUGAAGCGUGAACAUGUGAUGCUUCUGCUCAGACUGUUCGACACCCGAAGCCUUGCCCCGUCUCAUAGCUGUUAGAGCAGAUCUGUACUUUUUAGCUUUGCAGAAAUAAAAGUGGACUGAAACUGGG